UUCUUUCUAAAAUAAAAGUCUGAAAUGAAGAACAAUGCAAAUAUUAAUUUGAUCCUCUUCCGCCACCACACUCCUCUAACCUCUAAAUCAGCUUCCGCCGUUUCGGCCGCAAACCACCACCGUCUCUUGUUCAUCUUCUUCCUAUUUUUCUUCACCUUUCUCUUCUCUUUCACUCUCUUCUCAUCCUCACUCCACUCUACCGCAACAGCCUCCCACUCUCUCUCCUCAUCUUCACCGUCCUCCCUCUCACCAUCGAUCCUCGCCGCACUUCUACACUACACUUCUUCAUCACCACCAAACACCUCAAUGACUUUCUCGGAACUCUCCGCCAUCUCCACCGUCAUUAACUCCAAAGGCCCCACCUGCAAUCUCCUCGUCUUUGGACUUUCCCACGAAUCUCUCCUCUGGAGAUCUGUCAAUCUCAAAGGCCGUACUGUCUUUGUCGACGAAAAUUCUUACGCCGUUUCCAAAUUCGAGCAGAACAAUCCUGGAGUUGAAGCUUACGACAUCGUUUACUCGACAAAAGUCUCUCAGGCCGGUAAGCUUUUGGGUUAUUAUAAAACCCGACCCGAAUGUCGACCGGUUCAGAAUCUGUUGUUCUCGGAUUGUAAGUUGGGUAUCAACGAUUUACCCAACUUUGUGUACGACAUCGAUUGGGAUGUGAUUUUGAUUGAUGGGCCUCAUGGGUACGCCGGAGAUUCACCAGGAAGGAUGGCUCCGAUUUUUACUUCGGCGGUUUUUGCAAAGAGUAAAGAUUCCGGCAAGAAGAAGAAGACGACAGAUGUUUUUGUACAUGACUUUGGGAGGAAGCUUGAGAGAGCAUAUAGUGAGGAGUUUCUAUGUGAGGAGAAUCUGAUUGAGGUCGUCGGAGAGUUAGGUCAUUUUGUUGUGGCGGCAGAGAAAGGGGAAAAACAGGGGAAUGGGUUUUGUCGGAAUGUUACGAGAUUGUCGGAGCCAUUUACGCCGGAUAUUGGUGGCGAUGCAGAGGUCGGUGUUGAUGAUGACUGAAAGUGAGUUACUUUUGGACUUUUGGUGGCUCUUUUGUAAUUAAUCUAGCUUUGUGGGUUUCUUUUUUACUGUCGUUUAGUCUUCAUGAAACCAUGAUAUCUGAAAUUCCAAUUCCAAUAUUAAUGUGAACUAUUUUGAUGAAAGCAUCAACCAUCACAUAUUGUGAUCAGUUUUCACUUCGUAUACAGUUUUUUUUUGGGGGAAAUUAUUUCUUUAAGCCAAAACCAUUAGG